CGAGGGAAAGCGAGUCAUACACCGAGGACACGUGUUCGUUUUCCCACUACUCCAUUAACAGCAUUGCCCACAACGGAUUAGGCGCGCACCAACUUCAAUGGCGUACCCUCUCUCUUCCUCCUUCAAUGUUCCCAUCACCCGCCACACCUCUCCAUCGUUCUUCCAUCGCGCCACGUCACCUUCUCGAAUCUUCUGCUACUCAAAGAACCACUACCUCACCAACAAGGAACAAUGUGAUGACACGUCAGCGGGUAUAUGUGAGAGGAUAAUGAAGAAGUUGAAGAGUGUGAUUCCUAUUGUAAUUGCUUCCACUGUUCAGUUGGGUUUACUGUUUCCGUUGGUUGAUUCGGUUCCGUACGUUUCUUCUCCUGCUGCGAUGGCGAUUCUUUAUUCGCCAGAUACGAAGGUUCCUAGAACUGGUGAAGUUGCUCUUAGGAAAGCUAUUCCUGCAAACGCUGACAUGAAAGCUAUACAGGAAUCUCUUGAAGAUAUUUCGUAUUUGUUGAGGAUUCCACAGAGGAAACCUUAUGGAACAAUGGAGGGGAAUGUGAAAAAAGUUUUGAAGAUAGCGGUAGAUGAAAAGGAUUCUAUACUGGCAAGUAUACCAGCUGAACUGAAGGAAAAGGGCUCUCUGGUGCAUACCUCUCUAAUAAAUGGAAAGGGGGGUUUGCAAGCUCUCCUUCAAUCUAUAAGGGAACAGGAUGUGGAUAGAGUAUCUGUAAGCCUUCAAUCUACACUGGAUACCGUGGCAGAGCUAGAGUUAUUACAGGCACCAGGACUAUCUUUUCUAUUGCCAGGGCAAUACCUGCAAUAUCCACGACUUUCAGGUAGAGGAACUGUUGAGUUUGUCAUUGAGAAAGGAGAUGGUUCAAAAUUUACUCCAGUUGGUGGAGAAGAGAGAAAAACUGCCACCAUUCAGGUUGUUAUAGAUGGAUUUUCAGCUCCAUUAACUGCGGGGAAUUUUGCAAAACUGGUGAUGGAUGGAGCAUAUAAUGGCAUAAAGCUCAGCUGUUCCAAUCAAGCUAUUCUGUCGGAAAAUGGACAAGAUAAGAGCAGUGGUUACAGUGUUCCCUUGGAAAUAAUGCCCUCUGGACAAUUUGAGCCGCUGUAUAAAACAACAUUAAGUGUACAGGAUGGAGAACUGCCAGUUCUGCCUUUAUCUGUUUAUGGAGCGGUUGCUAUGGCUCAUAACGAAGUCUCCGAGGAGUAUUCAUCACCUUAUCAGUUUUUCUUCUAUCUCUAUGAUAAACGAAGUGCUGGCUUGGGAGGGAUAUCAUUUGAUGAAGGGCAAUUUUCAGUUUUUGGAUAUACCACCACUGGGAGAGAUAUUCUCCCCCAGAUAAAAACAGGUGAUAUCAUUCGGUCCGCAAAGCUUCUUGAAGGCCAAGACCGCCUUGUAUUGCCAAAGGAAACUUGAGUAGGUCUCUUGGUCUUACAGUGCUACCUGAGCAGGUAAAAAGAUUAAAUUCUUUGUAAUAUGUAUGAUGUGUGGCAUCAGCCUGAUUUUCCAGAUGCAGGCUGUGUUGUAAAUUAUAAUUAUUACAAUUUAAGAUUCAAAUUAUAUUGUUUCAAUUUGGAAAGUUGUUUUCUUUAAGAGAA